CAAAGUGACAAAUGACAUUAAUGUAAAAAUAGUGACGUUUUCAGAAGAGUUAUUAUUGUAUUCCUAAUUUUUGUUUGUACUUUAAAAUUGAGGAACUGUUAUUAGUCGAUAUAAAUGUGAUGUUUAAGGUCCUGGUGGCUUUUAUUCUUAAAUUUCAUUAUAUCGCAGUGUUCGCUAAUUAAAUUCUAAAAUGACUGAGACGCGUCGUUUACAACUCCAUCUGGGGAAAUGUAUCGAAGAUUUAGAUAAAUUACACAAUGUUGACUUUAAAUCUAAAAGAGCUACAAUGUUAUGCAAAACAGCUCAAAAACUUUUUGAAACUGCAGAAGAGGCCCGUGAAAAGGGCGAUGAGGAGUAUUCCUAUGUACAAUACAUGAAAUACUUGCGAGUAGUUUCAUAUAUAAGCAAAGAUAAAGAUUAUACGAAAGACAAGACUUACUUUAACAGUAUGAUUGGAACAAAAAAUCCAAACAAAGCAAUAGAUGCAGCAGAGAAUUUAAAAAAUAGCUUAAUUGUGAGAUAUAAAAAAGAAGAACAAGCACAACGCCUACAAGACAUAAAAGAGAAUGAAUUGAUUAAGCAAAAAAUUGAUGAAAACAGAAAGAAAGCAAUGGAAACAGUGGUAGUGAGUGACCCUCAUGGUGUACCAGGUCUAGAGGAAGUGACCAUUAAAAGUGAACAAUUGUACACUUUACUAAAAAGCGGCAAGUUAAAGGUUAUGAUAAUGGACGCCAGGCCUGGAAAGGACUACAUCGAGUCCCACAUCAACCACCCAGCUUGCAUCAGUGUACCACAGGAAUGUAUAUCACCCGGACAAUCAGCACAUGUAUUGGAACAGAGCUUGCCAGCGGCUUCAAAACCAGUGUGGGCUGAACGAGCCUCCAUGGACAUCAUUAUUAUGUUGGACUGGAACAGUUCUGCAUUCAUACCAGGAAUGACUCUGCAUUUGUUGAAAACUAUUCUACUUAAGUGGGAUGUUAAAGUCCAAUAUUCUAGACAACCGCUCGCUUUAAGCGGCGGAUACGAAGACUGGCUUUUGAAGUAUCCCGCGUUCACAACGAAUCCGCAAGUGAUACCCCCGUCACAGGAGAGCAUGCUUGAUGAUAUUAUGUUAGACGGAAUCGACUAUCCUAACUUUUCGGAUUUGAGUCCACCGCCGGCUCCCGUUAGUCGGGUGAACAAACCUGGAGAACCAGCCGUAGACCGAAGUAGCAAGUCGGCGGCGCUGGCGCUGUACUCGGAGCGCGCGCGCGGCGUGCAGACGCUGCUGGAGCAGCAGGAGCGCAUCGAGGACACCUCGCUCACGCUGGAGAUGGAGCGCCUCAAGGCCGAGCAGGACUGGGAGGAUGUCCGCCAGCACCGUGAGGUGGAACAGCGAGAUGAGAUGCGGGCCAUGUACAAGCUAAGGGAGCAGGAGAUCAUAUCACAGCUCAUGCAGCUCGAGAACAAACAAUACGACAUGGAACAAGAAAAUCUUUCUCUCCGCGAACAACUCGAAGAGUAUCAGCGGAGGGAGAAAGAAGAGGCGGAGAAACUCGCGGAGAGUAUCGUGAAGGCGUCUGAGGACGUUUCCGUGGACGAAGACGUACAGGUGGCGGCGGCGGCGUCGCGCGCGCGCAUCGCGGCCGUGCGCGCGCAGCGGGACGCGCUGGACCGCCGCCGGGAGGCGCUGGAGACCGAGCGGAAGCGCAAGCUGGCCGAGGCGCGCGCCAAGCGGAAGCCGGGCCGGGAGGACGACGGCGACGCGUACAUGGGCUCCCCGACGGACAGUCCCGGGGCCACCGGUCUGAAUCGCUCGCAGUCGUCGCCCAAUAUCGCCAAGGUGUCAUCGGACGAGGACGAGUCGACGGCCCCGCAGUUCGACCGCAGCACCAAACCUCCGCCGCCCAAGAUGGCGCCCUCCUGCGAGCUGCACCAGCGGGACUUCCAGCCCGUGUGGGGGGACGUGGGUCGUGGGCUGACAGGUCUGAAGAAUCUUGGGAAUACGUGUUAUAUGAAUUCGAUAAUUCAAUGCCUGAACAAUACGGCUAUACUUUUUACGUAUUUCUGCAACGGACAAUACCUUGAACAUAUUAACAGGUCACACAGUACGCGUGGUGCGAUAGCGGAAGAAUUAGCCGCCGUGGUGCGCGCGCUGUGGUCCGGACAAUACCGAUUCAUCGCUGCUAAAGACUUACGGAACGAGGUUGGUAAACAUCAGCGAGCGUUCCGUGGCAGCGAGCAGCAGGACUCGCACGAGUUCCUCACAAUCCUCAUGGACUGGCUCCACCUGGAUCUGCAGUUCACCAUCAAGCCGCCACACAAGGAGACCCUGGGCGCGUCGGAGCGCGCGUGGCACGAGUACACGAAGUCCAAGGAGAGCCUGGUGCUGCGCCUGUUCUACGGCCAGAUCCGCUCCACCGUGCGCUGCACCGUCUGCCUCGCCAACUCGCCCACGUACGACUCCUUCUCCAACCUGUCGCUGGAGCUGCCGCCGCACUCCGCGCGCUGCACGCUCGCCGACUGUCUCAACCUCUACCUGAACGGCGAGACGAUACCAGGCUGGAACUGUCCCAAUUGCAAGGAGAAACGUGACGCAGUAAAAAAGCUCGACAUAUCACGACUGCCCCCCGUACUGGUUAUUCAUUUUAAGCGGUUCUACGUCGACCCCAAGGAGUACAUGUGCAACGCGUAUCGAAAGAAACAGACAUAUAUAGACUUUCCACUGGAAGACCUGGAUAUGAGGCAGUUCUCACUGGAUUGCCCUGGAAAUCCGCUGUAUAAUCUAUACGCGGUGUCGAACCAUUACGGGUCAAUGGAGGGGGGGCAUUACACAGCGUAUUGCAAGAGCAGCGUAUACGGAAAAUGGUACAAAUACGACGACCACCUGGUGACAGAGAUCCCAGCCAGCGAGGUCCGCUCCAGCGCCGCCUACAUCCUGUUCUACACGUCGUGUACGCGGUCGUGAUCCCCCCUCCUCACAUUAGACGCACUUACACGACCGAUUCUCGAUCACUACUUGUAGGGGUACUCUAUUAAUAUAUUAUAUGGGAAACGAAUAUCGUAAAUUGUAUUAAAAUAAUCGACAUUUUUUUUGCGUUUACGAUGGAAGAAUUACUAACUUUUAAUACGUUGGAUGAGUCUAUGGUUACUACUUUUUUUUAAUGUGUAAUGAAAUUCAUCAAAUCUUGAAGCAGUCGCCCUUUCGUUUAGGUUAUUCCGCUAAUACUAAAAUAGGACAUUUUAAAAUAUGCAGUUUAUUGUUAACUCUUUUUAACAUGCGUAUCUAGUUGACGUAGAUAUGACCUUGAAAUGCAAACAUUUUAAGAAUACGAACUUCAAGUACAUAGUUGGUGUUGAGUAUUAUCAAAGGCCAUGACGUACAUAUAUUUAAAUGUGAGACUAAUUCAAUUUAUCAAUGAGUAAUUAGCGUACCUUACCCAUAACUCGAGUUAAGUGUGAGGGAAACGGAGAUAAAACGUUCAGGCAUUUUUUGUAUGCGUCUUUACUGUACCGACACUACGCGAAUAUUCUAGAUUCGCGUGAAAUUACCGACACAGGCUGCAAAACCUUUACAUACAUUUGCAAACGACACCCUACACACGUAGGUUCGCAUUUUAGUGCGAAUAUGGUUACCGGUGUGAUGCACAGUCGUUUUUUCUCUUUUUAGAGGAUCAGCAUUGGUUCAGUCUAUUGUCUAUGCCUUUGACUACUACACAACCAACGACAUUAUUCAAAUUUUAAACAACUUCUAAGGUACGUUACUAAUUAGUCGUUAC